AAAUGCAAUGACAUUUUGUUGGUAGCAGGCGGGGAAUAGGAAAUUCCACGCCAUGCGUGGGUUUAUCCUGAGGUCUUUGUCAUUUUUUAUCGUUAAACGGGAUACUCUUGGCUGAGACACACAGUGAAAAUCAACCGGACUAAUUUGAAGCUGUUUAAAAACGAUGGUGUCUUUAAAAGAAAACAAUUCUACGCUAAAAUAGAACUGCUGUGGCCCACACGCGGGGAUUUCUGCGAAGCUAACUUGCAGGCUAUCGGCGAUGCUGCGUUGCCUGCUGCUGCUGCUGCUCUGCUAAUGUGGUUAAAGUACAGAGUUGCCCUUGAAGGUCUUUAAUGCUCAUACCACGAUGUCUGGAUUUAACUUCGGGACGGGAACGCUCGGUUCCACCAACACUGGAGGGGGGUUUUCAUUCGGAGCAGCAACCAGUGCACCUCCGGCUAGUACUGGUGGCUUCUCGUUUGGUAAUGCAUUGGGUGCCACCCAAGCCACUACCACCACCGGCACCCCAUCACUUGGUCUAGGAGGAAGUCUCUUUGGUCAGAAACCUUCUGGAGGGUUUUCAUUUAACACGCCUGCUGCAGGUGCUGCUCCCACUGCUGGACUAACAUUAGGGGCUGCAGCUCCUACAACAGCCUCAAGUGGCUUCAGCCUAGCCUUCAACAAACCCACUGGCUCAGCUGCGCCGUUCUCCCUCACUGCUGCUACCACAAGCGCCACGUCUGUCCCCACUGCCACGGGUUUAUCAUUUGGCUCUGUCUUGACAUCAACGGCACCACAGCAGCCCGGGGUGACGGGCUUCGGGCUCGGCCUCGGCAGCACGACAAGCGCGGCAGCUGUCGCAACAGUUCCUUCACUGGGUGCCAGUCUCUUUGCCAGCACCCUGGCUACAGGUUUGGGUCAGACCGCUCUUGGAGGAGGGGGCUUAACAUUAGGUUCUUUAUUAGGCACUUCAACAGCAGCCACGGCAGCCCCUGCUCCCAGUAUUGGCUUGGGCGGGGUUGACUUCAGUGCCUCCUCUGAGAAGAGUGACGCCUCAUCUGGAGCCAAUGCCCAGGACAGUAAAGCUUUAAAGGAUGAGAACCUGCAUCCGGUCAUUUGUCAAGAUGUUGAGAAUUUCCAAAAGUUUGUCAAAGAACAGAAACAGGUCCAGGAGGACAUCAGCAGGAUGUCGUCUAAGGCAAUAGCCAAAGUCCAGGAUGACAUCAAGACCCUCAGGCAACUUCUCUCUGUCAGUGCCAGUGGGCUGCAGCGCCAGGCUCUUGCAAUUGACAAGCUAAAGCUGGAGACUGCACAGGAGCUGAAGAAUGCGGACAUUGCACUUCAUACACAAAAGACGCCUCCUGGACUUCAGCAUGAAAACACAGCUCCUUCAGAUUAUUUCCGUUGUCUGGUGGAGCAGUUUGAGGUGCAACUGCAGCAAUACAGACAGCAGAUCGAAGAGCUGGAAAAUCACCUGACCACACAGAGUAGUGGUUUUCACAUCACCCCUCAGGACCUGACCAUGGCCCUGCAGAAGUUGUAUCAGACGUUUGUUGCCCAGGCCGCCCAGCUUCAGUCUGUACAUGAGAACGUAAAGAUCUUAAAGCACCAGUACCUCACCUACCGCCGGGCCUUUUUAGAGGACUCAACUGACGUCUUUGAGUCCAAGCGGGCGUCCAACAGGAAGUGGCAGAGCACGCCACGCGUUACCACCGGUCCGCCCCCAUUCUCAAGUGUGCCAAAUGCUGCAGCGGUGGCCAUGGCAGCCACACUGACCCAGCAACAGCAGCCAACUACAGGGAACCAGGCACCUUUGGGAGGAGGGUUUGGCAACCCCUUUGCCACAGCAGUGGGCACUAGUUUGGGCUCGACCACUUUGGGAGGUUUUGGUGCAGGGCCAGGAUUUGGUGGGGUGGGGACAGGGGGUUCUUCUUUUGCCUUCGCCACCACCACUAAGCCCACAGGAGGCAGUCUGAGUGCAGGUUUUGGUGGUACCAACACCUCAGGCUUUAAUUUCAGCAACCCUGGCAUCAACCCCUCGGCUGGACUGACCUUUGGGGUGUCCAACCCGCCUGCUGCCGGCUUCGGUACCGGGGCGCCUCUGCUACAACUCAAGAAGCCCCCCGCUGGUAAUAAACGGGGCAAAAGAUAGAAGACUUAAAGAAGCUUGUGAUUUGGAUUUGUAGCUUUUUUUUUUAGACUAUUUCCCAAAAAUCAUACAAGCACUGGACAAACUUUAGGGAUGUUUUAGCACUGGAAAUUGCUCUUGGAUUUCCUGUUCUAUUCUCCACUGCCUCUUUCCCUUCCAUUCCAUUCUAUAUUUUAACUAUGGUCUUCUGUUGGGUGGGUCUGCUUGGUACCAUAUGUGCCACACAUUAGAAAUCACCAUUUAAGAACAAUAACCACAUCAUUAUAAAGUGUCAUUUAUGACCUAGGACCAAAAUCAUUUUAGUCAUGAAAUCGACAAUGAAAUGUUAAACAUGAACAUGCCGCAUCGCUUUUGGGAAGGUUCGACUUUGGCCAAAGUUCCGUCCAGAGAAUUGAGCUAGGUUUAAUAGUUGGGCAAUUAAGAGUCCAGCUAGGCAUACUUUUAUUUUUAUAUCUAGAGAUAAAAAAUGCAAAGUAUCCCGAUAGUGAGUGAAUCUUGAUCAUUUCUUUCCUUUGCCUUAGGCUUACCAAUUUGUUUAGUAGUUGAUUUUCUUUCUUAGUCA